GUCGCAGGGAUGACGUUCGAUGUUUGUCUCCACGUCAGCGGGUUUGAAGAUGGCGGAGGUGGAGAGCGAAUCUAAACAGCCGCUGUUUUCAGACUUGGCUGAUGUAUCGAUAUCUAACGAUGUCCCCGUGGAGGGACAAAUCACAGUUCCAGUCAGUUCCCAGUCACAAGAGGAUGACUACUCCACACUGGAUGAACCUGUUAAGGAGACAAUUAUGCGGGAUCUGAAGGCUGUUGGGAAGAAAUUUGUUCAUGUUAUGUACCCUAAAAAGAGCAGCAGCCUCCUUAGAGACUGGGAUCUAUGGGGCCCGCUAAUACUCUGUGUUUUAUUAGCAAUGAUGUUACAGGGGAGCUCUGUUGACAAUAAGCAUGAAGGAGGCCCAGAGUUUGCUGAGGUGUUUGUCAUCGUAUGGUUUGGCGCAGUCAUCAUUACAUUGAACUCCAAACUGCUUGGUGGCACGAUCUCCUUCUUUCAGAGCCUGUGUGUGCUGGGGUAUUGCAUAUUGCCACUCACUGUAGCUAUGAUCGUCUGCUCACUUCUCCGGCUAGCUCCACACCCCACGUCAGAAAUCCCAUUGGCAGUGGUUAUAAUUCGCUUCAUUAUUGUGCUGGCUGCAUUUGGCUGGUCAACAUUUGCCUCAACAGCAUUUCUGGCUGACAGCCAGCCACCCAAUCGCAAGGCCCUUGCUGUUUACCCGAUAUUCCUCUUCUACUUUGUGAUUAGUUGGAUGAUCAUCUCCAACGCAUCUGCAUGAGGGGCAUUUAGCCGGAAAAUGAAGACGAUAAAACAUGAGUGAUUGAAAAUCGUUUUCAUGUCGUUUUUGGAGACUGUUUACUCAGAGGCACACCAUUAUAACAGCAACGGAGAAGAUCAAGAAACAUUGAUAUUUAGUUUGUAUAUUAUUGAAUGUACAGUGAUUCUUAUAACUGCAAAAUAGGUUUAUAAUUGAGGUCUUGCAGACUUUGAGGGGGAAUAUUAAUUGAAGCUGUGAGUUGCAUUUGUAACAUAGUAACAGACUUAGAGCAAAAUUAUUUUAUUUCAUUUCUUUUGUAUGUGUAUUAGAUUAUUUUUUCAGCUAUGAUCAAAAUCUGCCUGCAUUUGAUUCAUAAACAUUGGACUUAUUGUGUCAAUUGAGGGACAUAUUUAGAAAGGUUGGACUGAAUUUUCCGUAACAGCUUGUUUCAAAGUCUCCCCUAUGCGCUACUCGAUGUAAUACUAAAUUUAAAGAUCAGUAAGCUCCUAGUUUCAACCCUGCUCUGUGCUGAGUUAGCUAGGACAGCAGCUGACAUUUCUAUUGGCCUUACAACAAUGGAUAAGGUGAGGGGAAAAUCAGUCAGGAUCUCUGGUUCUGAUCAUUGUUCGUGACCUCUGUGAUCCACUGUGCUGUGUAAAUGUCAGGUGAGACAGAUUAAGCUUGACUGGUUGGUUAGCCUGCUGAUUUUUCACUGCUUGACCAUACACUUGAAUGGUGAUAUGAAUGGACUCUAUUGAAGACAUGAUACCCUCCAGAGAUAAGCAAAUUGGGCAUGAGGUGUUUGUUUGCAUGGUGCUACAGUCUGGGAGUGUUGGGAGCCUGGAUUGACAUAGUGUUAAGGUUGCAUUUACUCUAAGCACUGAGCCAGGUUAGGUGCUGAUAAUUGGAAUGGAGGUGCCAACAAUACUAAUGGAAAUCUGGAAAUUGAAUGUCCUUUCUUUGUAUGUUGUAUUUAGAAGCAUAAUUUUUGACAUAAAACUUCUCAUGCCUUUCAAGAAUUGGUAAAGGGUCUUGCUCAAUGAGAAUACAUUAGAUUAGUAUUUCAGUCAGGGGUAUGAUCCAAACUUAUGACAACAUAUUGCCUUUCCUUCAAAUGAUAACUUGAGACGCCCCAGCAUUAUAUAGCUAGAGCCCCCAUGCUCUACUGGCUCAAUAGUACCAUUUGGUUGGCAAGUUUGAAGUCAUGGAGGACUGAAUGUUUCCUAGGUCUGAAAGCCUUCUCUAUCUGGUUCCUGUAAACCUCCACCAUGAAAUGAAUUUCUGGAGACCUGGUUCAGUUCUUUGUGGCCAUGAGGCUAAAGCACAAACCUGACCUAUGUUUGAAGUUGGCAGCCUCUAUCACAGAGGCUCUGGGAAUGGGUAAAAUGUCGUACUAAUACAUGGCUCUUCUGCAUUGUUGGAGGAGAGUAAAUCUAGGAGAUGCUAACACUUGAAAUGGAGAAUGUUUCACUUCCUGUAUUGAUAUACUUGCAAAUUUUAUGCUCAUCAUAUAUCUAUCCCAUUGCUUAUUGACCUAGGGUUUAGGCAUCUGUGUUUCAAAGCAUACACUACAUCUUUGUGUACACGUUUGUUAACUUCGUUUUUUCUGCUCAUUAUAAACACCAGGAAGCAAGUUCUAGUCACUGAGUGAUACCAGAGUGAUUUUGAAUAGGGAAGCCACAUACACUAAUAACAGGGCUGUUGAAACUUCGGGCUUUAUAGCAGUCACUCUAGAGAAAGGUGGGACCUAUGCAUGCAGCCACAAGAGACAGAUACGGAAUAUGGAAAGUCAGUAUAAUAUAAUUCAAAAGGGUACAUAAGCACCUUUGUGUUAAUUACACAACCUUUAAGGUGGCAUGAUAAGGUGGUUUAAAAAGUAUAUGAGUUUAUAAGUUGAUGAAUAGAAUAAAAAAGCGCAGCGAUCAUGCUAAAACUUUAUAAAUCACUGGUUAAGUCUCAUCUCAGCUGGAGUCCUGUUGGCAAUUCUGGCCAACACAUUUCAGGAAAGAUGUAAAGGCCUUAGGAUACAGAGGAGGCUUACUCAGGUUGAGGGACUAGUUAUGAGGAAAGGUGAGAAAAGUUAGGACUGUUCUAGAAACAGAGAACAUUAAGAGGUGACCUUAUACUAACGGAGGUUUUGAUAGAGUAGGUAUCUAUUCUAUUCUGUCCAGUAAGAGGGUUAAUAACCUGAGUCGUAUAUUUAAAAUAAUUGGUAAAUUAUGUAGAGGAGAGACGAAACAUUUUUUUCAGUGAGCUGUUGGGAUCUGGAAUGCUUUACCUGAAAAGAUGAUAGAAGCAGAUUCCUAAAUUUUAAAAGGGAUUUGGAUAGACAGCUCAGGAUGAAGAAUUUAUAGGGUUACAGACAAAAAUAGGGAUGUGGGACUAAACAUGACUGCUCUUUUUUGAAGAGGCAGCACAGGCAUGAUAUGCCAAAUGACCACCUUCUGUGUUGUAAUUGCUUCUUAGUAUUGUACUGCUCAUCAGGCAACCAUGCCUUCCUUCACCACCAUGCCCAAAUUUGUUCCACAAGGAUGCAGCCUUGAAAUGUAUUUGUUUGGGGUGUAAUGCAUAAACUGAUUCAGUAUUUAUUCUGGUUAAUCAUUCUUUGAUCCUGAAGCAGGCAAAGUGUUCUUUGAGUGUAGAUGCACCACAGAUUUGAGUGGAGAUGUUACUAGUCUUUUCACUUGGAAAAAGGUCUCCUCUCUUUGGUGCUUGGCUGCUGCCUUGGACCUUUAUUUAUAGUUCAUCCAUGUAGAAGAAGGGGGAACUCUAUAUUUUCUGAAAACUGUUUGCAGACACAAAGAUAAAUUAAUUGAGUGUACCCUAAGGAGAUAGGAACUUAGAAAUUGGAAUGGGCUAUUCAGCCCCUUGAGCGUACUCCACCAUUGAACUGAUCAGGCCAAUCUGUACCUCCACUUCAUUCGUUCGACAGUAUUUCAAAUUGCUGAGCACCCUUACCUAACAAAAAUCUGUUGAACUCACUUUUGAAGAUUUCAGGACCUUUUAGGGAGAGAGUUUGGGAUUUCCAGUACCCUUUGUAUGAAAAAGUGUUUCUUGAUUUCUCUCCUAAAUGGCCUGGCUCUAAAUUUAAGGUUAUGCUGCUUGUUCUGGAUUCUCCCACCAGAGGAAAUGGUUUUUACUGUUUCAACUAUGUCAAAUCUCUUUUUCAUAAACACCUCCAUUAGAUUACUCCUCAACCAUACACACUAAAUUUAUGCAACUUAUCUUCAUAAAGUAACCCUUUAAGCCCUAUUGUAAUUCUCCCAUGGUUUUGCCCAGUCACUUAAUCUGUCUGCUGCUUGACAUUCCAGCAGCUAUAUAACCACUGAUGUAAGAGGCUCCUAACUAACGUGAAAUAGUUAAUGAAAGAAUUAUGUACUUGAUGCUGCGGAGGAUUACCCCAUCCUUCACCUCUGUAGGUUUGAUGAUUUUUCAUUCAUAUAGCCAUAGUACAAUGGGAAGCACAAAGCAGUGUCCAGGUGACUUCCUAUCAGCAGAAAACAUUGGGGAAAGGAAAAAACUGCAGGCUACUGUCUUAUAUCUCUUCAUGACCUCGUCAUAAAACAGCUUGACAAGUAGCAAAUUUCCUGCCUUUAAAUACAAGGUAUAUGCUUAGUUAAAACCAGUUUGGAGGGGGAAGGAGAAUCAGGCUUGUACGACAGAGUUUGAGGUGGGGUGCAUCCCAUAUCUGAGCUCAUUAACCUGCGAUAAUCCCUCACUUUAACAAUAGAUAGGAAGUGGUUUUGCCUGGAGUUCAAUAAAAUAUAAUGGGUAUGUGAAAUAUUUGUACUGUGGCCACUGCACUCCAAAGAGCCAGGUAGAUUUCAUCACUCAAAACAUUGAGAUACAUCUAGAGGGAGCUGUUUGAAACAACAUUUGUGGAUGUGCUGAUGGAUAAAUGCCUGUUAUUGAGACUGAGGAUAAUUUUAAAGUGAUGUUUACAAGUAUCACACAAACAGUCCUUAAACUAUCAGAUUAAAUGUAAAUUUCCAUCCCCCAUGCAGUCCUUACAGCAUGUUGGCAGUAAUGUGGUUGGUGACAACACUGGCAAAUGCCACACUGAGGAUAUGGUCAGUAAAGUAGCUGAGUAGCACAGUAUGGAGUGAAGGGAGGGGUCAGUUUUAAUUCCUGUAUACAUUAAAUAAAUUUUCUUCUGCAUUUUCUAGGGGUAUGGUUGAAUCGAUAAGAGUAUAAGCUAUGCGCCAGAAGGGAUUGGUAUCUCUGGUAACUGCAGGGAGUAUUUUCAAAUUUCUAAAGCCUUAAUGUGAAAUUUUUAUUGUAAAUACUUGCAUAUUGUGUGUUUAUAGAUUUACUACUCCAGGAUGGAAUUAUUUUUCUGUCCCCCUUGUUUGUUUUGCUUUUGCUGUAAAUGUAUGCUCUUAACUGGUUGAGUCUCAGAGCGUGUCAGUUUCUUUGUGGUUUUGUAUAAUUGUGUUAUGGAAACUACACAGCUUUCCAACUGCAUUAAUACAGGCAAAUGAUAAAGUAA